AUGGAAAGAUUCACUUUAGCCCCAGAGGAUUUGAGAUAUAAGAUACCGUAUAUUCUCGAAGCUUUGAAUCUUACCAAUGGUAAUCUUCUCUUAUAUGCUUCUCCAUGGAGUGCACCUGGAUGGAUGAAGAGGAACGGACGAAUGAAGGGAGGAGGAUCUCUGAUAGGGAUUGUCAAUGGAGAAUAUUAUCAUGCUUACUCUAGAUACCUCGUUAGGUUCUUUGAAGAGUACUCUAAAGUUGGUAUACAAUUUUGGGGCUUAACUAUACAGAAUGAACCCAUUGUGGGGAGUAUCCCAUUUUUCCCUUGGCAAUCAAUGUAUUUCUCGGCUGAGAUGCAAAGGGACUUCAUAAAGGGCAGUCUUGGCCCUAUGCUCAAGAUGAACAGAGUGACAGAAGACCUAAAAGUUAUGGUUUACGACGACAGCAGAACUUUAUUGCCAAGUUGGGCGGAUACGGUAGUUUGA